UUCUUCUUCUCUGCUCACGGAGCCAUUCUCCCUUAAACGAUGGAAUCACUCUCUCCGAUUUCCACCAAAUUCUCAAAUCCAAACUCACUCCCUUCCCUUUUAUCUCCAUUUUCCACCUUCAAUCAUCGGAGAAAAAGCAGAAAAUGCAAAGCCUGGACUCUAUCAUUCCCAUGUUUUUCUUCGUAUAAGACUGUAGCAACGCAGUGCAAGGUGCAGUUGAAUGAUCGGGAUUUGGUUAAUUUUGACAGUGAUUGGAGAAGGUCCAUCGGAAGAGGACUGUUCGGCGUUGCGGCGGCGGCGGCCGCCAUGUUUUCGGUUUGCUGCGACUCUCCGGCGCUUGCUGAGUCUCUGACUGUGGCUUUUCCGGUGUCUCGCGCUCGUGAGGUGAAUACAGUUCAGAGGACUCUGGUUGAGACUUGGGGUUUGAUUAGAGAAACCUUCAUAGAUCCAACUUUUAAUCAUCAAGACUGGGAUCUGAAAUUACAACAGACAAUGGUGGAAAUGUUUCCCCUGAGAACGGCGGAUGCAGCCUACAGCAAAAUUAGUGGAAUGCUUUCUACUCUUGGAGACCCCUUCACACGAAUUAUUAGUCCAAAGGAAUACCAAAAUUUUAGAAUUGGAAGUGACGGGAAUUUGCAAGGGGUCGGGAUUUUUAUCAAUGCCGAGCCCAGAACUGGCCAUUUGAUUGUUUUGUCUUGCAUAGAGGGCAGCCCUGCAGCUCGUGCUGGCAUACAUGAAGGAGAUGAGUUGAUUGAGAUUAAUGGAGAGAGACUUGAUGGUACUGAUGAUGAAACAGCAGCACAGAAGCUUCGAGGGCGUGUUGGAACAACUGUUACAGUAAAACUUCACAGUGGAACAGAUUGGGGAAGUGACUCUGGUUUCAGAGAGGUCAAACUAUCCCGUGAUUUUAUUAAGCUUUCCCCCAUAUCCAGUGCUAUCAUCCCCCAUAAAACCCCAGAUGGCCAUGUAUCAAAAUUAGGAUAUGUAAAGCUGUCAGCCUUUUCUCAGACAGCUGCAGCUGAAAUGGAAAAUUGCAUUCAUGAAAUGGAGGCUCAGGAUGUAUGCUCAUACAUACUGGAUUUGAGGAACAAUCCGGGUGGUUUGGUAAAAGUUGGACUUGAUGUUGCCCAAAUAUGGCUAGAUGGCGAUGAAACUUUGGUGAACACCAUUGAUCGGGAUGGGAAUAUGCUACCCAUUAACAUGAUCGAUGGGCAUGCAAUAACACAUGAUCCACUUGUCGUGCUUGUGAAUGAGGGCAGUGCAAGUGCAAGUGAGAUUCUGGCUGGGGCACUGCAUGACAAUGGUAGAGCUAUUCUUGUCGGGCAUAAAACCUUUGGGAAAGGGAAAAUUCAGAGUGUUACAGAGCUCCAUGAUGGAUCAGCUCUGUUUGUGACAGUUGCCAAGUAUUUAUCACCAGCAUUACACGACAUAGACCAGGUUGGAAUUACACCCGACGUUCAGUGCUCAACAGAGAUGCUAAGUUCACCAAAAGAAUCAUUGUUGAAGGAUAAAAGCUCAGCCUCAGCUCUGGAAGCUGACUCAUGCAUCAUGGUAGCAGAGCAUGAGUUGGACGUUCAAGAAUCCAAGGGGACUCCUUCCUGAAAUAUUUACUCAACCCUACACGAAAUCGGAAAGAAAUGUGGUCUGAGGCCUUUUACACCAUUUGUACGUGUAACAAAAAACUAAAAUUUGUAUAAAUAUUCGUAAAAAAAAAAAAAAA